CUUUUUUGCUUUAAAAAGCCCAGUGCUUUGCUUGAUCAGGAGAAUAAGCUUGUCAACACUAAAUUCUCAAAUGUCAGAAAAUGAAACUCUUAAUGUUUACACAUAAGUCUCAUUCUAAGACAGUAGAGCAUUCCUCAGAUAACCAUUGGAUUUACUAUCCCUGCUGUGCUAACAUCCUCUUAAUUUAUGAUUUCAGUUUACAAAGCCUCAGUCUAAGCUGGAAAUUUUGUGGGUGCAAUUGGUUACUGCUAUAGCCAUAAAAUCAGUAAGAAGGGCUGAAUCCUUUCUCAUACAAUACCUAAGCUGAGGAAACUUUGCCUAAGGAAAAGCUGCUUUCAAGAUUUAGAACGUUUAAGCAAUUGACCACCUUACAUUUGGUACUUCAUGCUCCCAAUAUACUGUUUCUAUUAGACUAGAUCAGUGUAAUUUUUUAAAAAUCUACUAUUCAAUUAUUACUCUUAUUUAAGGAAACCACUGGAAUUCAGAAACACAUUUCUUCAGCAAACACACAUUUUUGGGAAAAAAUGUAGACUUUGCCCAGGCCAAAUUGAUCUAACUGAUAAGACCUCAUGAUUCAGUGACUUAUUUUGCUCUCAAACAAAUAUUUACUAGCAGAGAUAACAAACCCCCAGCAUUCCAGCCUCACUGCAUCCUUUCACCUUCUGCUGACAGCAUGAAGAGAAAGUGCUCAGCCCCAAAGCUCUGUCCUCAGUUUGGGGAAGGGAUGUGUAUUUUUCCAGACAGGACUUCAGAUUCCCUGGGGUGAUCCAUUCAUUGUCUCAGCUGCACAAAGUGCAGGUAUAGCACAAACCCCUUCCUUCAGGGAAGGUCUUUAAAUCCAACUUGUUGUAAAAUCUGUAGAGAAUCCUGUUGCAGGAGUUGGAUUUGCUGUAUUUUCCAAAUCCUUCCACGCCUUUUUCAUCUUUUCUAUCCUUCCUGUCUGCUCAGGGAAAGCCUGUGAGUGGUUCACAGGCAAACUGUCUCUAACAGCCUUUGCUCAGUGGGCAGCAGGCUCAGCAAAGGUUUAACCUGUGGCCACAUCCCACUCAGGCAGAGGGACAAGGGGGCAAGGAAAAUAUUCCUACUUAUUCCUCCAAUGGCUACUCUGUUAGCUCUCAAUUCUAAGCAAUACCAGAGGUUUACUGUAGGUGUGUAAACUCAAACCCAGCUUCUGCCACUGUCCAUACAGACUUUUUUUCCCUUAAAACUCUUUUAAGAGUUUUUAGAGCAUACUUUUUCACAACCUCUAUCUAAAUUUGAAUUUAUAAGUCAAAUCACUGAAAAAUGAGGUAAGUUUUGAACUCCAAGCACAGCAGCUCUUCUCACCAUGUCACUGUGAGCUCUCAGUGCACUUUGUUAUUGGAAAUGUCAGUGAAUCCAGCCAGGAGCCCAGGCUCCUUCAAUGACCAAGGGGCAGUGGAAAACUCUUUAGAGGCAGCACAUCCUAUAGGAAAUCAAUAUUUUGGUCUUCACUAAAAACUUUAUACUGCUAAAGGAACACAGGAAGUGUAAUUCAGGCAGUGCUUAAGCAAGACAAAGUUGAGUUUUACUGCAUAAAUGAGUACUUACAUGAUGAAGAACAGAUAUUCCAUGCUGGCCUUUUCAUGCUAUUUUCCUUGCUUCAACUCUGCAUAAAAAAUGAGUAAAAUAAACUCAUUAAAAGCCCAUUUUUUGUGCACAAACAGGAUAGCCCCAUACUACACUAAAGCAAAUGCUCCUAUUUUUUAUGCCCAAAGUUUAUUCUAUCCAGUGAGGCUCUUUUUAACCUUCUCUGGACUAGAGAAUUUACCAGUGAUUAGGCCAAUACCCCCACUUGAUUUUGUGUAAAACUCAGAGCAAAACAUUUCUAACUAUAACUUGGAAAUUUAGGGAAGAGUUUUACCCUGAAUCUGUAAUAUCAGGACACUCAAACAGUUUGUAGCCUCGUUGAGGUUGUUAUGUGACUUCACACAGACAUCUGAUUUUUUUAUGAUCUGAAAACUCUGGAGUUUUCUGGCUCCUUGUCUAACCCUACCCAGCAAUUCUUUCCCAUGGGACGUUUCUCUUCCUUUCCCCUUUCCCCAGGUUGCUGUUUCAAGGCUGCUGUCACAGAGUGGAUGAAGCAGUGCAGCUGGGAGCAGAGCAUGGCCAACACCUUUGUCACCGUCCCUGACGGGUACGGCCUCCCCGAGCCCAUGCAGUACUACGAUGUUUUACCAGAGCACAUCAACUACCAGCUGCAGGACCCGGAUUUCCAGGCUGCCCCGUACUGCCAGUACUCAGCAGUGCCAGUGCCAGUGCCAGUGCCAGCCCUGCAGCCCCAGCCUGCGCCGUCCCCGUCCCCGUACGGCCCCUACAGCCUGGAGCCCCCGUACAGCGACGGGCCCUGCGUCGGCAGCAGCUGCGAGCUCAGCAAGGGCCCCUUCCUGGCUCCCCAUGGAGAGGAUGGGGGGUUCCAGGGGCUCAAGAGGCCCAGGCUGAACCACUCGGUGAGGCUGAAGGGGCAGGAGGAGCUGUGUGUGGUGUGUGGGGACAAGGCCUCGGGCUACCACUACAACGCCCUGACCUGCGAGGGCUGCAAAGGCUUCUUCCGGCGCAGCAUCACCAAGAACGCCGUGUACCGCUGCAAGAGCGGGGGGCACUGCGAGAUGGACAUGUACAUGAGGAGGAAGUGCCAGGAGUGCCGCCUCAAGAAGUGCAGAGCUGUGGGAAUGCUGGCAGAAUGUUUGCUGACUGAAGUCCAGUGCAAGUCAAAGCGACUCAGGAAGAAUUUCAAGCAGAAGAGCAGUUUCCUUUGCAAUAUAAAGCUGGAAGAUGAGGGACUGAAUAGUAAGCAAGUAUCAUCUACAACAAGAUCUGGAAAAAUCCCAGAGAAGAUGGAACUUACUCCAGGAGAACAUCAGCUUCUUGACCACAUUGUAGCAGCACACCAAAAAUACACAAUUCCCCUUGAGGAAGCCAAGAAGUUUCUACAGGAAACUGCAAGUCCUGAGGAAAGUUUUCUCCGCCUGUCUGAGACAGCUGUUGUUCACGUCCAGGUGUUGGUGGAUUUCACAAAAAGACUGCCAGGGUUUGAGAGUUUAGCCAGUGAGGACCAGAUUGCUCUGCUGAAAGGCUCCACAGUGGAGGCGAUGUUCUUGAGAUCAGCCCAAAUUUACAACCAAAAAAUGAGCGAGUGCCAGCCUUCAACCAGUGAAAGUCAUGUAAGACUUUCUGAUCACGGGACAUGUUGUCAUGUUCAAAACCUUGAUAAAAACAAUAUUUAUUCCAUGGAAAUGUGUCAUAAUAAAGAGAGGCCAACUUCUACUACUACCACAGGCAUAACUGAGGAGUUCAUCACCGCCCUGUUCUACUUCUACAGAACCAUGGGGGAACUCAAAGUGACCGAGACCGAAUACGCUCUGCUCGUAGCAACAACAGUGUUCUUUUCAGACCGCCCGCUGCUGAGGGACAAGCGCCAUGUGGAGGAGCUGCAGGAGCCGCUGCUGGGGAUCCUGUACAAGCACUCGAAGCUGCAGCACCCGCGGGACCCGCAGCGCUUCGCGCGGCUGCUGGGGCGCCUCACGGAGCUGCGCUCGCUCCGCCACGCCCACGCGGGGGCGCUGCGCGCGCGGGACGCGCGCCUGGCCGCGCCGCUGCGCGACCUGUGGGACCUCCACUAG